AUGUCACCACGACCGAAGAGCAUCAACGGUUCAAACAACGGACUAGCCUGUCCAGAACCCAACAAUGGCACCAAGUCCUCUGGUCUUGACUCUGACCGGUCAGACACCAUUCGCAGCAUUGGAUUUCUGAAACUUCGCGGGAAGCAAGAUGACUUGCCUCAACGUUGGUGGUUCGCCUCCACAGCCGUUCCUCUGUUAGCUGCAACCCAGGGGCCCCUUUCCAAUGUAUUAUCGAUUGCUGCCUUGGUCACUCCGUGGAGAGUUGCCUUGCCCAAUGGCGGUGAGCUACCUGAGGGUGUUGACGACGCAGGCAUUGGUAUCGAGGACCCCAGAUGGGAAAUCACACUCAAUGGCGUGUCGUUGGCUUGCGGGUUCGCUGGAAAUCUUCUCCUGCUCCUUCACUUCGUGGGCAGGGUUCGUUACAUCGUUGCUCUCCCACUUUCCAUCAUCUUUUGGCUGUUAGCCUCUGGCAUUCUUAUAACCAUCACCUCGUGUCUCAGCAUCUAUGAUGCGGCCGUACCGCCUGGUGAGAUUUAUUCGCAGGGAUAUUGGCAUGCCGUCCUGGCAUCGAUUACCUAUAUGCUCGGCGCUGUUAUGCUCAUUGUCAAUAUGGUCGGAUACCUUCGAGGACACUAUCCCCAGAAUUUUGUUCUUGACGACGAUCAACGCACUCUGAUCUUACAAACGAUGCAGUUCAUGAUUUGGCUGGCCGGAGGCGCUGCCAUAUUUUCACGACUUGAGGAUUGGAGCUAUGCCAAUGCGUUUGCUAUUAACACUGGCUUCUCGACUAUACUUACUAUUGGGUUCGGGGAAUUCGCACCGACGACUAACGCAGCCCGGGGCUUCCUCUUCGUGUAUGAGCCAAUCGGCAUCGUCUUCCUCGGUCUUGUAAUCGGUAGCAUUACCCGCUUCGUGUCGAACAUAUCAGCAGACAACGUGAUCAAGAAACACCAAGCGCAAAAGAGAGCGAGCACAAUCGGUCGCAGUGUCACUACCGAGAACGAGCUUAGAGAACGACUUGGCUUACCUCCCCAGGAGUCACCCGUCGGGCUCUGCCGCAACUCUCUAGCUACGUACGGCAACAUCAAAGUGGUCGGCCGCACAGUCACGUUUCGAGAGCACAGGACCGCCGUCGGGGCCGAAGGGCGAGGUGGUGCUGCUCACAGUGUGCGCCCCCUGAGCCGGGACGUUAAGCCGAGAGCCAGAUCACAAGGGCAGAGCGCAUAUCAUAAGCGGCAUGAACGCAGGCGGAAGCUUUUGCUUUUGCCGCAUGAGAAGGACCGGUUCUAUGCGAUGCGGGAGAUCCAGGAUGAGACUCGCAGGUUCAAGCAGUACUGGUCGCUUGCUAUUGCCAUAUUCGCCUUUGCUCUAAUUUGGUUUCUCGGAGCUCUUAUCUUUAUGCUUGCCGAGGCACGACUUCAGGGAAUGACUUAUUUCGACAGUUUGUACUUCUGUUUUGUGGCGCUUCUGACGAUUGGAUACGGCGACAUUAGCCCACGGUCCAACAUCGGCAAACCCUUCUUCAUCGUUUGGUCUCUCAUCGCCGUCCCCUCCCUCACCGUCCUCAUCCAAGAGAUGUCCUCAACCGUGGCCGCAUCCAUAAACCGCGGUACAUUAACCCUAGCCGACUGGACCAUCCUGCCUAAGAAAGGGGUAGUCAAAGCAUUCCUGGACUCGCACCCCCGCCUCCGAGGCUGGCUUACCCGCCUAGCCGAGAGGAGAAAGCCAAAGAAACGUAUCGAGGCCGGCUUUCAGGUCCAAGAUCCGGAUGAGGAGACCGUUGCCGGCACACCACCCAACGAAGCGCAAGAUAAGCAUUGUGAGGGAACAGAACGAAUCGAGCCCCUUAAGGAAUCUCAUGCCGAACCUGAAGACUAUAUCCACAAUCACGAGGGUCCCCAUGACCUAGCCCGCCAGCUCGCCACCACCAUAAAGCGCGUGGCGAAGGACCUGCGUGUUGAGCCGCCCAAGCGGUACAGCUUCGAGGAAUGGGUCCACUUCACCAAGCUGAUUCGGUUCAGCUCUCCGCGACACAAACAAAUGACGAGGACCGUCCCGGCGGUCGAGGAUAUUGACGACGGCGAGACGGAGUUGGUAGAGUGGGACUGGAUAGGGGAGGAAAGUCCCAUGUUAGCGGACGUCAGCGAGAGCGAAUGGGUUUUGGACCGGCUGUGCGAGAGUCUGCAUCGUUAUAUGAGGCAUGUUGGACGGGUCAGUAAGGCUCGACAGCAGAAAGGAAAUAUAAGGGAGUCGGAGGAACACGAACAGGGACCAUCUUCUGAGACUGAUGUCAAACGACGCACUAGAAAGGAGAGUGAACCGUUCCCAAGAGAUGGGAAAGGCACUACAAGCGGGGCUAGUGCAUGA